AUGACAACAAACGGUCAUAGUCAUGGCACACACGCCUCUAAUCAUUCCUCCAACCAUGUCGUUCCCCUUCUAAUCAACGGCAAAGAAGUCACCAACGAAACUACCUUCGAUGUAGUCUCCCCCGUAUCAGGCAAACUAAUCUGGAAGGGUUCCUCAGUCUCCAAACGGCAAGCCAUUGAAGCCGUCGAAGCGGCCCAGGCUGCUUUUCCAGCAUGGUCCAAGACGAAACCCUCAUUCAGGCGAGAUAUCCUACUCAAGGCGAGCGAUAUACUCAAGAGCCGCGGUGAAGAAGUCUGCGAGUACAUGGACAUUGAAACUGGAUCUACUAAGGCAAUGUCCACAUACUUCAAUGUACCCGCCAGCAUUGAGCAAUUGAGAGAUGUAGCCGGCAGGAUCGUGACCGUUACCGGCAACAUUCCUGUCUGUGCCGAAGAAGGUAAGAGCGCUCUCAUGUACAAGGAACCGUACGGCGUCGUCUUUGGCAUAGCUCCAUGGAAUUCCCCCUUCAUUCUCGGCUUCCGCGCCAUAUCUUAUGCUCUCGCCGCCGGCAACACCUGCGUCCUUAAAGGUUCUGAGAUGUCCCCACGCUGCUUCUGGGCCAUCGGCUCCAUCCUCAAGGCCGCCGGCCUCCCAGACGGUGUUCUGAACGUUAUUUUCCAUCGUCCACAAGACGCUGCGGAGGUGACGAGUGCGAUCAUUGAGCAUCCUUUCGUGAAGAAGAUCAACUUCACGGGCAGUACUGCUACCGGGAGUAUCGUUGCAGCUCAAGCUGGGAAAUUUCUGAAGCCAGUGCUCAUGGAGCUCGGUGGGAAGGCGCCAGCUAUUGUUCUUGAGGAUGCUAACCUUGAAAAAGCCGCAGAGGGCUGUGCGGUGGGUGCGUUUCUGCAUAGUGGGCAGAUUUGCAUGUCUACUGAACGCAUUCUCGUUCAUUCUUCUAUCGCUGAGAAGUUUCGUGAAGCUCUGAAAGCCGCCAUGGAGAAAAUAUACGGCAAAGAGUCAUCGGCUCCCAUCCUCGUGAAUGCACCGCCGGUGCAGAAGAACAAGAAACUCGUGGAGCAAGCGCUUUCGAAAGGCGCCAAAAUCCUGACUGGAGACCUGAAUGCGAAAGAGCAUUCGGAUACUCGCAUGAGGCCGAUUGUCGUCGACGGUGUCACAAAGGAUAUGGAUCUGUACCAAAUCGAAUCCUUUGGACCGACCGUGUCGCUGAUCGUGGUCGAGAGCGAAGAAGAAGCGAUUGAGAUUGCGAAUGAUACUGAAUAUGGCCUCACCUCUGCUGUUUUCACCGAGGACUUGGCAGCUGGGCUGAGAGUUGCCAAGCAGAUCGAGACCGGUGCGGUACACAUUAACAACAUGACCGUUCACGACGAGAGCAAUCUACCUCACGGCGGUGCCAAGAAGAGCGGAUGGGGGAGAUUCAAUGGCAGUGCGGGCAUCGAGGAGUUUUUGAGGAUCAAGUGCGUUACCUGGUCGGACUGA